GCCGUCCACGGUGGAUUUACUAGAGUUUGGCACAAACACCUCAGAUGUCACGCCGUAUGGAAACAUAUAAGAUGGCAUCCCCGCUCGUCGGAGCAUUCCACCGCAUCAUUCUUCAUCUGAAUUUCUGACUUAGCCCAUCACAAUGACAACAUCCAAAGAAUGGCAGAAGAUGCUCAACGGUGAGCUCUACUGGGCCUGGGACGCGGAUCUUCAAGCCAACCGCCAGCGAUGUAAGGCAGCAUGCGACAAGUUCAACCAAGCAGGUCAAGUGUCUCGACGUCGGAGGGUGGAACUAUGGAGAGACAUCAUUGGUGACACUCGUCCUCUGCCUCCAGCCCUCUCCGAUCCCCAGGAAGACGAGAAGCUUUUCAAUGAAACGGACCCAUUUGUGGACCCUCCGAUCUCUGUCGAUCACGGCUUGAACUUCAAAGUGGGAAAAGGCACAUUCCUCAACUUCAACCUUCUCGUGCUUGACACCUGCCUCGUUAAGAUCGGCGAACGGGUGCUUUUCGGUCCCAAUGUCUCGAUCUACGGCGCCACCCAUCCCAUGGAUCCCGCUGUGAGAAAAGGCCUUGAAGGUCCUGAAUGCGGCAGGGAAGUCCACAUUGAAGAUGAUGUAUGGAUAGGAGGCAGUGUCAUCAUCCUUGCUGGUGUCACGAUAGGGCGUGGAUGCACCGUAGGAGCUGGGUCUGUGGUGACGAAGAGUGUACCACCAUUUCAUUUCGUUGCGGGCUAUAUCCACAACGCUAUCUCUAUAGUGAUCACAAACGCGAUAGAUAUCAUCUCUCAAUCGGAUCCCAUGUCCAGCACGUUCUAAUCGUUUCAGUCAGUGAUCCCUAAAAAGUGAUCCAAUCCGGCCGUCCGGUUCGCCCGAACACGACUGAAAGACGUGAACUGACUGC